UGCGUUGAAACUACUUCUGUGCUCCAGCGAGUUGGAUCAACGAAUCAUUUCUCUGCUUAUAAUUUUCACUCGUCUGUUAUUUUUCAUUUUAUCUGUAUCGGCUGUCAUUUUGAAAGUUUUUGGAAUGGUUGCUUAAUAAAUUCCAGGAUCAACUCACGGGCUAUUUUAAAAACAACACGCAACAAAUAAUUGCAUGCCAUGCCUGACACCAAGACGCCUCUUGUCAACACGACGGCUUGAGUGGGGUUCACGACAUUUUGUUCACUUCGCGCAGUUUACAAGAGGACUAGUCGAGUCAUGAUUCCUUUACUUAAUUAGACAAACUGAGUUUUCCCCGUGGCAUUCAGCACAGUCCCGGCUCAGUGUGUUUAUUUCUGUGGCUACGUGACACAUUAAACCAUAUGAACCUGCAGUCGACUUAUUCCAAGUAGCUAUCCCGGCACGCGGGAGGCGGCGCCUUUCGCUUUUACGACGCACUGUGCGAACGCCUGCCGGUGUUCACUUGCGUCUGAUGAGGUGAAGAACGGUUUACAACGCAACCGCAAGGAACGCGGUGCGAGUAGCACCCAGCAAGCACUAAAAGGAGGUUUUGAAAGAUGGCUGAAACGUCUCAUGGUGAAAGUUCUGCCCGGUGUCACAAGUCUGAACAGAGUUCUGAUGAUAACACCUGCCUUUUACAAGGAUGCAACAGAAAGGGCUUUGGAAGUGGAAAUGAGAAGACUGUCGGUUUGAUGUGUGACAGCGUCUCUUCUGUCAGCGCUGAAGGAGAUGACGCCUUGUCCCUGGAAGAGGAGAGCGGGUCGCUGUCCGAUGAGUCCGACAGUGAGGGGACUAGCUCGGACACCGACGAAACACCCACGCAAAGGCGUGGCGAGGGUUCCUCGGGCGAAGACAGAUUCUCAGCUGCUGUUGCCUUCGGGCUUGGCCAAUCCACUGUGAGAACUCAGGAGGAGACUACGGAGGACAAGCUCGAGGUAAGAGGGGUGGGCGGUGACAGAAACGUGCGACCGACAGCCGACUCAGGGACGGAAACAAACUCUGUCCCGUCUCACUGUCCCGCGGGGUCCUCCGCUUUCCCCCUGAUGAAAAAGCUCAGAGUCCAACGGGACUCGCCGGACCGUCCCCACAAGUGCCCACAGUGCGGCUGGGCCUUCAAGAAGGCCAGCAACCUGCUGAGCCACAUGGAGACGCACAGCGGGGCGAAGCCGCACGUGUGCGAGCUGUGCGGGAAGGCGUACUCGCACCCGGGCACGCUGCAGCAGCACCGGCGCCUGCACACGGGCGAGCGGCCCUACCGCUGCCCCUUCUGCGAGCGCUCCUACGUGUGGUCCUCCGACUGCCGCAAGCACAUCCGCACGCACACGGGCGAGAAGCCCUACACCUGCGCCGCCUGCGGGAAGGAGUUCGCCCGCUCGUCCGACCUGCGCAAGCACGAGCGCAACCUGCACGCCAACGACAAGCCCUUCCCCUGCGCGCAGUGCGGCCGCACCUUCAACCGGCCGCUGUCGCUGCUGCGCCACCAGCGCACCCACCUGGGCGAGAGGCCCUUCCGCUGCCCCGACUGCGGGAAGGACUUCGCCGUGGCCAGCCGCAUGGUGGAGCACCAGCGCACCCACAGCGGGGCGCGGCCCUACGUCUGCCCCGUCUGCUUCAAGUCCUUCAGCAGGCCCGCCAGCCUGUACGAGCACCAGGCCCUGCACUCCAGCCUGAGGCCCUACGGGUGCCCUGACUGCGGCGCGGCCUUCGCCCGGGCCUCCCGCCUGGCCCGCCACCGCCGGGUCCACACAGGAGAGCGGCCCUUCGAGUGCCCCGCCUGCGGGCUCGGCUUCUCCCGCCCCGCCACCCUCCGGCGGCACCAGGUCAUGAACUGCAGCGAGAGGCCCGGGCGUGGCGGCUCCGGCCCCAACCACGCCCAUCAUCACACUCUGGCCCACCCCCAAGAGGAGCUCUGCCCAACCCCCCAGUCUCAGCCCGGUCAGCUGCCACAGACCAAUCACAGCCUGGUCCCGCCGCCCCAAACAGUCCCACAAAGCUACUCCGUAAACUGCCCAGGGCAGACCGACGGGACCCGCUGAGGUCUGCACAGGGAGCAGAGGUCUGUCUGGACACUUCCUAUAGGAAAGUGGUAAUUGUUCACUUUCUAAACUCAGGGCUAAUAAAAGCGGUGGGGUCAGGUACUUAUUGUGCCCGGUAUGUUACUUGACCCUGACAAUCCAUAGUCACUUGACUCGGCUGGACAUGUGCCCAUGGUUUUAUAUGGCUGCAGGUCAAGUGUCACAUGACUGUCACCUAGGUGUCAGAAUGUAGUGUUAUUUUAGACGGGAAGCUGGACUCUAUUUUUCCUCUCUCGUUAAAGAGUCGAGUGUUCAGGCACAGUGCACUUCACUCUGCCAACCUGUCACCAGUCUCGUACCUUAUUUGCCUAUCAUAUUUUUUACAGAACAUGGUAAUGUUGUAAUGACUGGAUUCCUUGUGUCGGUACGAGUUUGGUUUUUGCGUGGACACAGCGCAGAGCUCACAAGAAUAAGAUUUACGCACAAACCUCUCUGAGCUGUGAGUGUGUGUGGGUAUAUAUGUGUGUGUGUUUUUGUGUUUGUGUUUUAAAUGAAUGGAACUGUGAAUUACUACACUGCAUGUACAGUGCACUGUGGUUUGUAAAAGAGCAUUGUAUUAGUAAGUACUACAUUGGGAGAACCCAAAAUCAAAGCAAAUCUUUAUAGGUUAGCCCAGGAAAGACCACUUAAUCUGAGCUGGGCUGCGUAAAACUUUUUAAUUUUCAUAAUUUAUUUAUAGUACACCCAAAAUAAUGUCAUGCACAAAUUGUAUGUCCAAAAAAGUAUGCAUGACCAAUAAAAAUACAUAUAUGUAUAUGCAGUUCCCUUCAUAAUUAUUCAUAGAAAUAUAUGUAUUGGAUAAGUGAUUAAGUGAUACUUUAAUCUUAAUAGCACUGCAGAAAGCAAAUUUAUAUAGCUCACAGACAGCGAGUUAUAUUCCAGAAAGGAUGACAUUUGUUCACCCCCCUGUAGUAUGUGUUUUGUAAAUUCCACUCUGGCAUGGAUAACACUGACAAGCUACUCCAAGUACUGUUAUAUGAGGUUGUGGUAUUUUGAAUGAAAGGAUUUUGUGAAUGGUGGAGAUCUGGAAAGAGGAUGGCGAGGGCACUAUGCGGGAGAGAAAAUGGCUCCCCCUGCUGGAGAUAUGGUGCUAUUCCUGGCUGUAUAACAGUAAAACUGUGUCAACAAGAAAUACCUCAUGUAGCAUAGUAACAGGGCCCACUAAAAAAAGCAUGGCUUGACGUAUGUAGUCGAAAUUGUACGAUAAGUUCUGGAUAGAUUUUUGAUGAACCGACUCCAUGUUUUUGAAAACUGACUGGCUAAUUGCCUUUGGACUGGAAUAUGGAACAUGGACCUGGAUUUGCCAAAUGAAGUAAAGUAAGCCCACUUCUUUUGAGUUUAUUCCAUCAGUAAACUGCUUAGCAGCCCAGCUGUUAGCCAGCUGUGAAUGUGAAUUUAGUCAAUGUAUAGUUAGCUUUGAAAUUAAAUACAUUUUGCUUUGUGUCUUUUUUCUUUUCAAAACCUUCUUCUCUCAGCUUGAACAAUUCCCCUCCAUUGCUAUUUAGUUGCCAAUCAUUGCCUUUUUUAUUGCAUUUGUGUUGUGCUAUGCACUGUCAUUGGUCACCAGACUUCCAGUAUUCCACAGAAGCAUGCCAACAUAAACUUAUAUUCAAGUAAUCAAUGAAUGUCUGAAGUCCACUAGAGUUGUAAAAGAUGUACAGGACAGGGGUGUGAUAUAAAUAUCUGUUUUGUAAAUAUCUAUUUUAAUAAACAUGUGUAAAUGUAGGCUCAAGGAUACGGAAGAGAACGGCUGCCACAGUAAACGUGUGUUACUUAGCCAAAGGCAUUGACCCGCAGUUCAAGGCCUUCAGCAGUAGGAAAGGCAUUACACGAAUGCGGCCAAAACAUAGAUAAGACCUUGAACACGAGCGAGCGAAGAUUAUGUAUAGCCAUAUCUCAGAGGUCCCAGUGCAGCCAGCGUGGUCACAGCUUUGCGUGGAGCGCAGGGGUGCAGUGCAUUCGGCGAACACAGUUUACACCCUCUUGACAGUUUCCGCCACUGCCGCUAAUACCAAUUUAAGAUUCUCCCGCUGAGGCGUAAAGUCCAGAAAGCUUCGGCUGAGGCACGUUCCUGCAUUCUGUCCCGUUUCCUGACACGUUGCCGGGAAACACGUCUGCGUUUCCCGGCCACUCAGUCAUUCCCAAACAGUCAUUUAAACCAUCAAACUGUUGUUAAGUUUGGAGACCUUGACAAUUGGAUUGCUGCCGAGUGCCAUGCAUAGCACAACACAAGUUAUUUUACUGUAUUUAUGAAGUGAGUGAGAUUGCAGGUGCAGUUUUAAGCUGUUUUUAAAUGUCAAUAAAUAAACUUUUCUGAUAUGAAAA